UGUUUGGCGACAACGAACAGCACCGCAUCUAUCUGCAGUGCGUGCGUCGCCAAGGACGGCAAGCGCAAGGCGCCAGCAGCUGACACCUGUGGAAGGGGACAAUCUGAACGCCCGAAGGUCACGAAUGGGGGGAGUAAGAAGUCUCAGCCUUCUCGUAAGGGGCCUCGUGCGCCGCCGGAUUUGGACGCCAAGCUUGAUUGAGAUGCUGAAGCUCAUGGGUGCCAAGGUCACUCAUGAGCAGAUAACGGACCGCUUCGCGUGCUCGGUACGGCUGGUCCGGGAUGUGAAGAAAAACCGGCAGAAGUGCUUUGUCAAAGCCAACACACUUCCGGAGGAGAUGGCAGCUGAGCUCACCAAUCAACAUGGAAAUGCCCGGUUCCAGACCGCCGAGCCUGACUUGAAGGCUCUCACGGAGACUGUCAACAAGUUGAGCACGAGCGUGCACGAGGCGCAGCAGCAGGGAUCCAGAAUCGAAGACGAGGACAUCGCCGAACUGUUGGCAGAACUCCGCAUCGAACCCGGAAAGCGGAUCGAGGAGGAAGCGGUGAAUGCGAUUCAGGGGUGGGCUACUACAUGUAUCGAGGACGAUGAUGAAGUCGUUGAUUAAGGCUAUCAGACUGGAUACAUACGGUGGAAGACAUGACGGCACAGCUGAAUGGGGUGCGCGUGUCUGCCGGCCGCGAGGAGGACGAACAGGAGGAGGACAGGGGCGAUGAGGACACGGACGGGGCGUGUGCGCCGUGCCCCACCGGCGUAUGGUGAACCGUCGUCUUGCUUCGGCGUCCUGGAAGCGGCAGCAGAGGAGAGUGGCAACGGAGAAGCGGCGCUCUAUCUAGCGAAAGCGAAGAUGGCGAUGAUAGUAGCGCAUUCCGCUACGCGGGUGCGCCACGCGGACAUGAGAGAAUUUGUCGCGACGUAGCGAGGAUGCGAGUACAGCUGUAUGUAGUAGCAGUAGUGGUUGUUUUCUUGCGGUGCGCUGCCUGUUUUAUUGCUGUAUUGUUUUUUGUUGCAACAUCGAAGGGGGUGCGCCAGGCAGCCGAGAGAAUUAAAUAUUUGUCGCGACGCAGCAAGUGCGGCGAUUACAGCUGUAGUUGUGUGCUUUUUUUGUUUUUUCUUUGGUGCGCUUAUUAAUCGUUUUGCUUCUUGAUUUUCAUUUUUCAACAUCGAAGGAGGGCAACAAAGGGUGAAAUUUAUAGAGUUGUGAAUCGGUACGAAAAAACGAUAUAUUUUACAUCGGCUGCGCAGCAGCCGAUAUAACGAUAUUUUCUCCGAUAUAUCGCCUACGGCGAUAUAUCGGAGAAAAUAUCGGGCGAGCGCAGCGAGCCGUGAUGGGGGCGAGCGAAGCGAGCCCCCCCAUCGGCCCCCCCCGGCUGGUGAGGGGGCCUCGCCGGAGGCGCCGCCGGAGGCAGAAAAUUUGGUGCAUUUUCCUUUCAUUUCCCGUCAAAAUGGGCCCAAAUGCGGCAUCAAAAAGGGCUUGACUUCAGCUGCAAACAUCGCACGGAAUGUAGAAAAAAAAAAGAAAAGAUUAAGAUUGAUGUAUUGUCGCGUAUCCUCAGCAGUACCCUCCUUCGGUCUCUCCCUGUGUCUACUUCCCGGUUGGUUCUGGACAUGGUGCUGUUGUCUGCUGUUUCUGCGCUGCUGUGCUGUGUGUGUGUGGCGUACAGGGGCUCCGUACUGCUGCGCAUACCCUAAAUUUGAUUCAUGGAGCCCCUAAGAAAACAUCGGUCGGAACAUCGGCACGAAUUUUCGAUACCGAUAUCGAUAUAUAUCGGACGAUAUAUAUCGUGUACAUCGUUCCGAUUCACAACUCUAGAAAUUUAGCUUUUUACGAACGAGAGUUUUUCAAGCAGUUUGUGCCGGUCACAGCCUACUCGGGUGCAUGAUGUGUGUUUCCCUUUCGCCGUCGACUAGUCUUGGUGAGGCACUGCUGUAGCCCGAAAUGCAACGAUCUUAUUUUACAAAACUCUUGUGGGCUCGACAGGGUGAAACCGCACGUGUCGCGGGAAAGAAAGUCUGCCCAGGCCUACACUAGAACUUCACAUAGCAGCAGUGUCGAUACAUUUCGUACUA